UCAUAUGACUCGCACUCGUCACUUUUCCUUCAGAUAUUGAUUUGCGCCUUGUUCUCGUUUGCCGUCGCAUAGUUUUUGUGUAAUCAUCUGGAAUGGCGAGUCAAACACAAGGGAUCCAGCAAUUGCUGGCAGCUGAAAAACGUGCUGCAGAAAAAGUGUCAGAGGCAAGAAAGCGAAAAGCGAAACGCCUAAAGCAAGCCAAAGAAGAGGCCCAGGAUGAAGUUGAAAAGUACAGACAGGAGCGUGAAAGGCAGUUCAAGGAAUUUGAAGCUAAGCAUAUGGGCUCAAGGGAAGGUGUUGCAGCUAAGAUCGAAGUAGAAACCAAGGUCAAGAUUGAAGAGAUGGUCAAAAUGGUCCAGACCCAACAGGAAGCUGUCAUUCAAGACAUUCUUCAGCUGGUGUAUGACAUCAAACCCGAGUUACACGUCAACUACCGCAUAGUCUAAGCCCUAAUGUUUUGCCUCAAAUAAUCGCUUAUAACAAGCACAUAUAGUCUUUAUUGUUGUUUAUAUUCCGUAGCUAUUCGGCGUCAUUAAUACCGCGUCAUUGUCACAUUUGACAACUUGACCGUCGACGCCUAUCGCUGUACAUACCUAGCUUGGUGUUGCCAGUUAAUGUUAAUCACUGGAUAAAGUUAUUUAUAAAUCAGCUCGAUAUCAUUCCAUAAUACAAUAUUGGAAGACCGAUGAGAAACAAAAAAAAUUGUAUGUUAUUCAAUGUUGUAUGUUGAAUAGAAAUAUAUAUUUAAAAUAAUAAUUUGGAAUGUUUUUAUUUGUCUUGUUACAAUGUAGUCCUAAUGAUUACAAGUGUACAGUAUUAGAGAAAAUAUAUUGCAUGUUAAUGUAACAA